ACGAAGCUCGGGUUUUUGGGGUAAAAAACAGGCUUCGUUUGGCGGCUGGGUUAGACGCUUAGCCCCGCCUGAAACUUGUGCCUGCUGGUUCUGAAAAGCACUCAAACCGUCAGUUGUUCCUCUCAAACGCAGUUCUCCGGACACAUCUGGCGUUCAUGGAAGCCGACGCAAAGCCAAAGAAAUCUGGACCUCGACUUUGUUGCAUUUGUACCAAGCGAAGAGCUGUCCUCAAAAGACCCAAAACCCUAGAGCAGAUAUGCAGGGAGUGUUUUUACGAGGUGUUUGAGGAGGAAAUUCACCAGGUAAUUGUGGAGAACCAGCUGUUCAAGCCCGGCGAGCGUAUUGCUAUUGGCGCCUCUGGAGGGAAAGAUUCGACAGUCCUUGCUUACGUGUUAUCAGAACUGAAUCGACGACAUAAUUAUGGUCUUGAUCUUUUUCUUUUGUCUGUUGAUGAGGGCAUUACGGGGUACAGGGAUGACUCGCUUGAAACCGUCAAAAGGAAUGAACUUCAGUACGGGCUGCCUCUAAAAAUUGUGUCUUACAAGGAUUUGUAUGGAUGGACAAUGGAUGAAAUAGUAAAGAUGAUUGGCUUAAAAAAUAAUUGCACGUUUUGUGGGGUUUUUCGUCGCCAGGCCCUUGAUCGAGGUGCUGCAUUGCUGAAAGUUGACAAAGUUGCCACUGGACAUAAUGCAGAUGAUAUUGCUGAAACUGUCCUUUUGAACAUAUUACGAGGUGAUAUUGCUAGAUUGGGUAGAUGCACUUCAAUUACUACUGGUGAAGAUGGACCUAUUCCAAGAUGCAAACCUUUUAAGUAUACAUAUGAGAAGGAGAUCGUGAUGUAUGCUUAUUUCAAGAAGCUAGACUACUUCUCCACUGAAUGUAUUUAUUCUCCAAAUGCAUAUCGUGGUUUUGCUCGUGAGUUCAUAAAAGAUUUGGAGAGAAUCAGGCCUAGGGCUAUACUUGACAUCAUUACAUCAGGGGAGAAUUUUAGAAUUUCCACUUCCACCAAAAUGCCAGAGCAGGGAACCUGUGAACGAUGUGGUUAUAUUUCCAGCCAGAAAUGGUGUAAAGCUUGUGUCUUGUUGGAGGGUCUGAAUCGGGGUUUGCCUAAGCUUGGCAUCGGUCGUAGUCGAGGCCUAAACAAUGACAUUAAGAAAGAUACGAAGCAAGCUGGUGGAACAAAAAGUAUUGAGAGCAAGCAAUGUGGAAGUUUGGACUUCUGAUGCAGAGUGUAGGCAUGACUUGAAAGGUUUGGUUUGUUCAGAGAAUUAACUCAUAGUUGUCAGAUUGGCCACCCAUGCUCUCUUCUCUUCCUUCCUUGAGCUACUAAGCGAAUCAUUAGGCAAAGUGCAAACAAUGCAGUUCAUUGCACCCUUUGGGGUGCUGGAAAGAAUCAUGGAACUGGAAGAGCCGGUGUUCAAUCAUAUUUUUUGACGAGGGACAGAGGAUUGAUUAUUAAUUAUUAUGUAGCAUUGAAUAGAAGAGUAGUCUAUUAAGAGAUUUGGAAAAAGAACUCUUAUGCAUUUGGAACUCAUUAAAUAAUAGGAGAAAGCAGCGCUGCUGUGAUGUAGACAACCAAGACAAAGGCAGGCCCUGCAACUCAAUUUUCUGCCUUUGGAUGCUAUUCAUUUUUCUGUAAUUUUACAAAAUUUUAUAUAGAGAUAUAAGUUACAUUA